ACCUGCAUUCUCUCUCCCGUCAAAAAUUGGGAGUCCCAAAUUGAAGCCCUCUCUCUCUCUCCCUCUCCCUCUCUCUCACUCACUGGCUUCAGUCUCGAUCACGAUCACAAGCCCUGUGUCGGUCGAUAUCAACAACAGUGUCUCUAAUGCGUACAUCUAUGCAUCCUUAGAGCAGCUGGAUCUUCCAUUUGUCCAGGGAGAACGAAAUCAGAUAAAUGAAGUGAAGGAAUUUUAAUUAUGUUCUUCGUUCUGCUGGGAUAGGGUAAAAUCAGUUUGGAAGGCGAUGGAUCAAGGAAAGACGUCAAACAGGCUUGCAAGCAGCAAGAAUAGUCUGAUAUACAUGGACCUGAGGGAUAUAAUUAGGGAGCAUGCUCUUUCUUUCCUUCCCGCGAAAUCGCUUAUUAGGUUCCAGGGUGUUUGCAGGGAUUGGAAGCUCAGGAUUUUGACCCCCUUUUCCGCAUACAGCCAGUCACUUUCCUACCGGGCUUUCUCGGGUCUCUUUUGCCAGCCUCCUAGCGAAGCGCCAUCAUUUAUCUCCAUUGAUCCUGUAUCUUGUGGUGUGCCAGACCCAUCUCUGAACUUUUUCCCUGAGCGUGUCGUCAUUAGGUCCUCUUCCAAUGGACUACUUUGCUGCCAGGGUCUUGGUGCAGAUAAGGCCUACUACAUCUGCAACCCUACUACCAAACAGUGGAAGAAACUUCCUAAACACAGCUUUGAUCAUGGGCCCAAACCUGCUCUUGUACUCAUCUUUGAGCCAACACCGCUCAAUUUUGUGCCUGAAUUCAAGCUAGUCUGUGCUUUCCCCUCCACUGACUUCGAUAAUGCAACUGAAUUUGAGAUUUACUCAUCCACCGAAGGAACCUGGAAAGUUUCUAGGGAGGUUUGCUUUGCCAGCAAGUCCGUUGUGUCUGGCUCAGGUGUUUAUGCGGAUGGCACUAUUUAUUGGAUGGUGAAGCGUCAUGGAAUUCUGGCUUACGAUCUUGCGAAGGACAGGUCACAAAUCAUCCAAGGGUAUUAUGGCGCCCGGGCAGCCUUGGGCACAGUGAAUGGAAAGCUUGCUUUGGCGUUUUCGAGUGGCCCGGCAGUAACAGUGAAUGUGCUGGCUAAUGUCUACUCAAACACAAUGCAAAUGCACAGCGAUGCCAGGACAUGGGAAGGGAAAAUCCAAUUAUCUUUAGACAACCACCAGCCGAGGCUUGGACAUGAACAGGUGACUGUGCUGUAUGUGGGCUGCAAUGUGGUGGUGACUCAAGUUGGGACUAAAAUUCUGUGUUAUGACAUGGUGACCAAAAAGCUCGAAGUUAUGGGUACUAGUGCACCAGAGAAGGUGAGGUUUUUCCCUUAUGUGAAUAGCAUGGUCUCCUUCUAAUCAACAACCAAGCUUUCUUUCUUUCUUUCUUUCUUCUCAUCAUCCCUGUUUGGUACUUGGAUAAAGGGUUUUAUAGUCAUAUAAAAGUUUGGAUGAUGGGCUGGUUUUAAUAUAUACUAGUUGGCAUUGCCGAUGGAUUGAGACAUUUUCGACUUUUAAGUAUUUAUAUCUAUAUGUGGUAUAGGGAUGAUUUUGUGGUGACGCCCUUAUUAGUCAUGCAAACAAUUUACAGUUCCUAUUA